UUCAAAACCAUACCGAAUUGACCCGAAUUGAAAACCGAACCGAACCGAAAACCGAAAAAAAACCGGUUCGGUCCGGUUCGGCCCAUUCGGUUCGGACAAAUCCCAGGCGUAGAUUUUUUCAUUGGAAAAUUUAUCAUUGUUUGCAAUUCCGUAUGUAUCAUAUAAUCUAAGGACAUGUUAUAUUGUGAUUCUGACAUCGUCACUUGUUUUUUCUUUUAAGAUAGAAAUUUUUCUUUUGAUAUAAAAAUAUAUUUCAAAAGCAAUCCGGAAUUAAGAUAUCAUUUGUUUUCUAAACUCAUAACUCAUAACUCAUAACUCAAACAAUGUUUUUUAAAGAUGUGAGUGUGACGAUAGACAACGCGGUUUGGAUUUGGGUAACGAGUAGCAAAAAGACUGAGUGAGAACAGCUGUAAUCUUUUAUCAAUUUCUGAGCAUCAUCACCAUCUCUCACACUCUUCUGACUUCACUCUUCGCUAUUUUGGCUCCUCCUUUUCAUUUCUUAUCAUUUUAUGGUUAUCAAAUGUAUAUCUGUUGUUUACGCGUAAGUUGUAACAAAGUCACAAGCCAUGGUAGUAAAAAAUGUUAUUCAAUACCAAGUUGUCAUGCAAACUUAAAAACAUUCCUACUUUGGACUUUGAUACUUUUUAAUAACAAAAUCUUCCUUAAACUUAUUGAAUCUCUUGUUUAUUAACAUUGUAACGUUUGCAAAAAGAGGAUCUCCGAAACAAAUCUUCUUAACCACGUAGGGUAAUAUACUCACAGUUUGAAGAGCAAUCAUCAUUUAGGGCCUUUUGUGUAUCCUACACGUCAAUCACUUGGUUAUUCCGGUCAAAAUUAUCUAUCCAUCACCAACUUUAGAGUGUAAUCCGUGGAUGAAAUGUUUUAUUUUUAGUCUUUUAUCUGUUUUGGAAAGAUCUGAACCCAUUAUCAAAAGCUUAGACAAGGUCGUAUCAUCUAGUAAAAUAAUUAAGUAAAAUAUACUCUCUUCUCUUCUGUUCCUAAAUAUUGGAUAUGUUCCUAAAUAUAAGAUGUUUAAGAAAAAACAUACAUAUUAAGAAAAUUAUUUUUUUGUCUAGAAAGUAUCAUUAAAACUAUAAAAUAAUUGUUUUCAACCAAUUACAAAAUAGAUUAUUAAGGGGAUGAUUGGUAGUUGCUGUAGAUGCUCUCCACAGCCCUAUUUAUUUCUACAGCACCAAAUUCAGGGCAAUCAAACUUUAAAUUUUUUUUUGAAACCACAGCUCUUGAAAUAACCUACAGCUGUACAAGUCCUCUGCAGAGCCAAAUAUCCAAAGCAAUUUUUUAGUGCUUUCCAUAAAAUUCUACAGCACUAAAAUCUAAAGCCACAGCAAAAAAUCUACAAAUUUUUUUAUACAGUAAAAAUUUUAAAGCUACAACCGUUACCAAUCGGAUCCUAAAUAUGAUUGGUUACACAGUUUUUAAUAAAAUAAAAAUUACCUAGAAAAUUGAAAAACAUUAUAUAUAUUGGAAUAUCAAAUUUUUUUGGAACGUCUUAUAUUUAGGAACAGAGAGAGAUUUUACUAUGCAAGAAAUAACAUUUAUUAUGUGCACGUUGGGAGAUUUUACUGUCAAUUUUCUUUUUUUUUUUAAAACAAGCGUGUGAUACGGUAAUCAGGGAGAGUAACUAAAGAUUAAAUGCAAUAGUUGAAUCGUUUGAGAAUAAAACAUAGAGCAAUGCGGUCUCUUUCUUGGAAAGAUUGCAUAUGACUUAACGCGUUAAAACGUAGCUGUAAUGUGUAAUCUCCUGACAUAAGUAUAGUCAAUACUACUAGUAUUAAAGAAAAAUAUUGCAUUUCAGAAUCACCCCUCGUUUUGCUCAUCAAGUGGCUUCCGUACGGUUAUUAACUAUUAUACGCUCCUAAGCAACUAUUCCUAACAAUAUUGACUCUAAAUAGGUAAUUUACAUUUUUAACAAAUGUCAAUUCUGACGGUAACAAUACAAAUCGGUAUCUUUGGUAUAUAUAACCAAUUGACAGAUGUCUACGUGAUGGCAUAUAACUGAUAGUGAUUGGUAUCUUUAUAUAUACAUAUUUUUCUCUAAAUUCCAAGAUGAUUUGUUAAUUAUAUUUUAAUUUAACAUUCGAAUUUUUAAUAAGAAGAUGCAGAACUAGAAAAAGGUUAAAAGAAGGCCAUGUUCAGGUUCAUUCUUCGAACCCUAGUGCAGUGCGAAGCCUUAACAUGCAUCACAUAUAUAAUGAAUCCAAAUUCGAAUUAAUAAUAAGAUCCCAAAAAUAUAAUUUCAUUUUAUUUAUAAAUGAGAAAGGAACAAGUUUGUCUUAAUGUUAAUGAACAAUUUGCUAAUUGCUAUGAUAAAAAGAAAAAUGCUACAUUUAACAAUUUGCUAUGAGAAGAAAAACACCUGUCAUGCAUGCACCACCAGUGUCACAUUUAUAUGCAUGAAACCGUACCAUAUUACAUUUGACUCUAUUUUUUAGAUUUAUGUCUAUAAAUAAUAUUUCAUUCUUCGUCUCCCAUAUCAUCUCUCAAUAUAAUACCUCACAUUAACACUUAUCCAAAAAUAGCUAUACAUAACAACACAAAACUCAAGAACAAUAUCUUCAUCACUUGAUCAAUACAUCGUUGUCCAACCAGUCUAAGUAACCUACGGGCUACGGCAACAACAUUACACCAUGGUGAAACAAGAACCUAAGAUCCAAACCAGCUCCAAGAAGGACAUGUCUUUGACUUCACCAUCUCAUUCUUCAUCUUCGUCUUCGUGUAAGAGCAAGAAGAAUAAGAUUAAGAAGUACAAAGGAGUGAGGAUGAGAAGUUGGGGAUCAUGGGUGUCUGAGAUUAGGGCACCAAACCAAAAGACAAGGCUUUGGCUAGGCUCUUACUCAACAGCUAAGGUAGCAGCUAGGGCUUACGAUGUUGCACUUUUGUGUCUCAAAGGCCCUCAAGCCAAUCUCAACUUCCCCACUUCUUAUUCUUCUUCUCAUUUUCUAUUAGACGAAAGUACCAUUUUGUCCCCGAAAUCUAUCAAAAGAAUUGCGGCUCAAGCUGCCAACAACUCAUUUGACCUUUUUUCCCCUUGUAUUUCGUCAGCCGUCUCGUCACCGCCCGAUCAUGAUCAGCAGCAUGAUGAUGAUGGCAUGCAGUCUUUGAUAGGGCCUUUGGUGGACUGUCAUGUGUCUUUGAUGGAUACAUCAUCAUCAUGGUAUGAUGGUGAACAUCAUGAAAUGUUAUUCUUCGGUGAUGGAGCUCCGUUUGAUUACUACCCUGAACUGAAUUCGACUAUGAAUAUGGUCAAUGAUCAGUACUUCUACGAAGAUGCUGAUAUUCCGCUUUGGAGUUUCAGUUGAUCCGACGGUCAGACUAUAUAUAUUUUUAUCAUUUUUAAAUUCUUUUGAUGUAUUAGUUAGUUUACCCUUGUGUAGUUAUACUUUUUCAAAUUCUUUGUUGCUUGGAGAGAAUUGACGAUGGAUAGAUAUCUAUUUAUAAGAAAGACAAUUCCCUUUAACGCGUGGGAUAUAAAAAACACAAACCUAACCUAAAUAGAAACUUUAUUUUUCUAUUUUUAGAUUCUCUUAUUACGUUUAUCUUAACAUAUUAAACAUCUAAUAAUAUGUUACGUUUCCACAAGCUUGGAAUUAUCCAACGAGAUUCCUCUGAAUAUAAGUACACUAUUCAUAAUAAUAUUUAAUCAAACAACUAAAUAUAUAAUUAGUAAGAGAGACAUCGAUCCAGAAAAAGUUGCUCACGUUUAACUAGCAUUAAUUAGUUAUUGCGUUAAAAUAAAAUAUAAUGAUCUUAUUAUGUUAAGAAUUUUAUAAUUAUUAACUGUUUCUUGUUACUAAUGAUUGUUAAUUAUAUACGUCAUUAGGUUUACCGCUUGGCCAAAUCAGAAUUUCAAAGCAAAGGUAAAUUUUGUGCUGGAUCGCAAAAUUCAGGUCGAUACUCGGCCCAUAUCAUAUACACGUGAACCAGUUGAAAAAUGAAACAAAAUCUGAUUUAUUUCAUAAACAUACGGCAAAUCCAUAUACAAUACAACACAUUAUAUUCUUUAUUGUUAUUACCAUUGAUUUAAAAGGAAAAUUCACAUGAAAAUG